AUGCUUACCCGUGUGCUUUCACAAAGACCUUUCACUUUGACUCGUACUGCAAUAUGGCUAGCACCAAGAACCUAUACGGUUGCUUCCUCGGGUACGAUCCAUCAUGGUGGUAGUAGUAGUAACAAGCAUUUCAAGGAACAUCAGCAGGAUAACAACACCGCCGCCGCCAACGUCCUGUACAACAAGGAAGGCGACUAUACCUUGGAGCAUCAUGCUGAAGAGCAAAAGCGUGGAAUGGCAACCGAUAAUCACCAGCAUCAAGCCUACCGAUCCUUAUCGGAUGAAGAUGGCGUUGUCGCAAGCAGUGGCGAUGUUUUUAGCCCUACCUUUAACACUGUCUUUGAUGAGUGA